CAAAACUAAUUUCUUUCGCGGACGCUGACCACUUGUUUUAGCAAGUGCACUGACGUCACAAGCCGGGGUUGCCCUCAGUCGAGUGUGAAACGUGAACUGGGAGUGAGCGAGGAGGGAGGGACACGUUGUUGACAAUAUUUAGGAUGUCGUGGUUCCCUGAGCGGCGGAACCGGUCAUGGAUGCAGAGAAUGUGUGCGUCUGUGCUAAAGGCCGGCCCAGUCCCCAAACACAUCGGCAUCAUCAUGGACGGCAACCGGCGCUUUGCUGCCAAGAACAGCAUGGAGAAGGCUGAGGGACAUCUGAAGGGAUUUGACAAACUUGCUGAGACACUUGAUUGGUGUCUGGACCUGGGCAUCUGUGAGGUGACUGUGUACGCCUUCAGCAUUGAAAACUUCAAACGGUCCAAGGAGGAGGUAGACUGUCUCAUGGAACUGGCCAGGAAGAAGUUUGCCCGACUCCUCGAGGAAAAGGAGCUGAUUGAGAAGCAUGGUGUGUGUAUUCGAGUACUGGGGAACCUGCGUCUACUGCCAACUGAUGUACAGAAGACUAUUGCAGAGGCAGUGGAGCUGACUAAACACAACAAUAGAGCCAUCCUGAAUGUUUGUUUUGCAUACACAGCACGUGAUGAUAUGUGCACGGCCAUGAGGGAGAUGGUGGAGGGUGUCAGUACAGGCUUGCUCAAACACAGUGACAUCUCUGAAGAUCUGCUGGGGAAGUGCCUGUACACGUCCCGGUCUCGACACCUGGAUCUGCUCAUCCGUACUUCAGGGGAAGUCAGACUCAGUGACUUCCUGCUGUGGGAGAGCUCCUACAGCUGCCUGGCCUUUGUGAAGGUAUUGUGGCCAGAGUUCAGCAUCUGGCACCUGUAUGGCGCCGUCCUCCACUACCAGAGAAGUUAUCAAGCAAUACAGAAUGCUAAGCUGAACAACGCCAUGGAACAGGAGCGCAUCCUGCGGGAGUCUGACUACCAGGCUAUGGUGCAGGAGCCGUCCUCGCUGGGUAAUGCUGCCGGCAUCACGCCUCAGAGUCGUGUUCAUCAGUACACAGCAGAGCGACAGACUAGAGUAGAAACAUUCCUUCAUACGCUACAGAAGAAACGUGACACUUACUUUCAUACCCUUGUCAACCAGACAGCAGUGCCUUGUGGGUCAUAACACCACACUUGGGUAGCUCCGAGACUGGAGCUGGUGGAGGCAAAUCCGGUAUUCCAGCAUGGCUCAUCUGUGGACUCUAAACACUGUUCAAACAUGGCGUUGUGUGAAAGUUGAAUGCAAAUGGAUCUGAUUGGGAAGAUGUAUGAUUUUAUCAGAUUUUAGUGAGAACUGUGAUUGUUUGUUCCCGAGGGGAGUUUGUUGUGGGUGUAUGAAUAACAAUAGAAUCUUUGACUUAUUGACAUUUGCUUCGGGCAUGUGAUUCUGUCAGUCAGCCAAAAAGGAGAACUCUCUCAGAGAGCCUGUAGAAUGAAGUUUGUAAGAUAUGCAAGGCAGAACAGCUGAGAAUGCAUUUGUUUGUUAACUUAAGAACAACUGUCCUGGCUAUUUAUUGUAUUUGAGGAUCUUUACAACUUAAAAAACAAUUUAAAAUUUACAUAAUCCAGCUAUUUUAUGAUUUGUUUCUCUAGAUGAAAAGAGCUUUGAUAUUAUGUCAAGUGAACUUGUGAAGCUAAACUAUCUGUAGUUGUGAAUGUAUUCCUAUUGUAUAUAAUGAUCUAUGGUGGUGUGAUGAAUUUCUACAACACUUGUAUAGUUGUAAAUAUUGCAUCAAUAAACAUGCUGAACUCGG